AUGCCUGCUCCUCUGCACUCGCGCCCCCAGGCGUCCUUCAUUGCGGGGCACGAGGCACCAUCUGACGAUCACGGCCCUCGUGUCCACGUCUCCCACGCAGAUGAAGAUGCCAUCGCUGAUAUCCAUCGCACGCUGACAGAGAAGAGUCAACCAGGUGAGGUACAGUACUCCGAGCCUCACUCGUCCUUCGACAAAUUUCUUGAGGAACAGGUCCAGGGAGGGAAAAAGCGCUCCAAUCUGGGAGUGAGCUUUCAAUCUGUCUCAACAUGGGGUGAAGGUUAUGGUCAUGCCAAUGUGAAGACCUUAGGAACGGCCUUGUGGCGGACCUUGACUUGCCGGGAUAUCUACGAAUGGACAAUUCAACCGUGGGUAUCAUCGAAAAAGCCCGAGGAUGGAAGGCAGCUCAUCCGAGACUUCUCUGGUGUCGUUGAAAGCGGCGAAAUGAUGCUGGUUCUGGGACGUCCAGGAGCUGGAUGUUCGACCUUCCUGCGGACAAUUGCAGGACACCAUUCUUCCUUCCUGGGAGUAACAGGCGCAAUCGACUACUCUGGCCUAUGCCCGGAUGAAGUCCGCAAGCACUACCGCAGUGCUGUGGCAUAUGUACCCGAGGACGACGUGCAUUUCCCCACUCUUACUGUGAAACAGACUCUCGAGUUUGCGCUGCAGAGUAAGACUCCUAAGCGCUACCAGGAUCGAAUUCCGCGGUAUCUCGAGAUCUACGGCCGCGUGUUUGGCAUGACACACACGAUGAACACACUGGUUGGCAACGAGUAUAUCCGUGGUGUCUCGGGUGGCGAACGCAAACGUAUCUCCAUCAUUGAGUCACUAGCCACCGAUUCAUCGGUCACCUGCUGGGACAAUUCGACUCGCGGUCUGGAUGCAUCAUCUGCACUGGACUAUGCUCGGAGCUUGCGGAUCAUGACCGACACCUGUGGAAAAGCUACACUACUCACACUCUACCAAGCCUCAGAUGCAAUCUACGAACUUAUGGACAAAGUGCUUCUGAUUGACGAAGGGAGAAUGCUAUACCAGGGCCCUGCUAGUCAAGCGAAACAAUACUUCGAGGACCUGGGGUAUGAGUGUGCCGAGAUGCAAACGACUUCCGAUUUCCUCACCAGCAUCACUGUGCCCGAGCGACGACGAUUCCGUGCUGGCUGGGAGGACCGUCCAAUUGAACUGGAGCAGGCCUUCCGAGAGAGCUAUGCUUUCAAAAACGUUCAGCGAUCCUUGGAGAUCUACGAUGAUAAGCGAGUCAGCGGGAAAGCCAACGGAUCUUGCCAAACUGACUCGGAAUGUGGAAGCGUUGAGGAGCUCAAGCGCAGUCUGCAGAACGACAAAUCUCGCUUUGUCUCUUCCAAAUCUCCAUACACCAUUUCGCUGUUCCGACAGAUUGUGAUAUGUGCGCAGCGUCAGAUAUGGCAGCUCAAGGGGCACCUGAGUCCCCUCUAUAUUAAGUUCAUUUCUUGCGUGAUUUACGGCUUGUUGAUCGGCUCAAUGUUCUACAAUCAGCCCCAGACCACCGAUGGAAUGUAUUCUCGCGGUGGUGUACUCUUCUACUCCUCUAUCCUGCUGGCCUGGCUACAGAUGUCGGAGCUGGAGGAUGCCAUGCAGGGAAGAGAUAUUCUCAGCCGACAGAAGAAGUUCGCAUUUGUGAGACCCAGUGCUGUCUGUAUGGCUCGUGUCAUGCAAGAUAUGAUUCUCACCGCGUUUCUGACCAUACUGUAUCUCAUUGUGAUGUAUUUCCUGGCUGGAUUGCGUUCAGAUGCUGGGCCUUUCUUCAUCGACUUCCUCUUCAUUUACACCUGCACUGUCUGCCUCACAGCCCAAUUUCGCGUGUUUGCGGCAAUGUCGAGCAAUUUUGAAGUCGCUCUAAGAUACUGCGGUGUGUCUGUGCUAUUCUGCAUUGUCUUUGGUGGUUAUGUUCUGUCUGUCGACAAAAUGAUACAGGAUGUUCCCUGGGUAGGAUGGAUUGCGUAUAUAACGCCGGCGUUAUACACCUAUGAGUCUGUCAUGGCUGCCGAGUUUCACAAUGUCAAUUUCACCUGCACCGCCUCCUCAAUUGUACCAGAAGGAUCCAACUACACCGACAUUGCAUACCAGACCUGCGCUUACGCUGGAAGCAAAAUUGGCAGCACUGUCGUGAACGGAGAUGACUACUUGGCGAGCCAAUUCGGAUUCUACUACAGCCACGUGUGGCGUAACUUUGGCAUUCUUUGCCUCUUCACCGUUGUCUUUGUUGGACUUACUUGCUGGCUUAGUGAAGUCAUGGAGUGGGAGUUGGAUGGCGCCGGCCCAAUUCAAUACAGAGCCCCGAAGAAAUGGCUUAACCGCAAGAAUAUCUCUGGAUCCGACGAAGAAACGACUCCUGUUCCGGUUGACCCCAAGGCACCUCCUGCUGUUUUGGCUGCGACCGAAUCUACCUUCACCUGGUCGGACCUAGAGCUCAACGUUCAGAUUGGCAAAGAAACUCGGAAACUUCUCGACGGAGUCAAUGGAUAUUGUAAGCCUGGAACUCUGACAGCUCUUGUCGGAGCUUCUGGUGCGGGCAAAUCUACCUUGUUGACUGCACUUACUCAACGACAAAGCGCUGGCACACUUUCCGGCUCGAUGUUCGUGGAUAACCAGCCCAUCGACGAUUCCUUCAAUCGGCAGAUCGGAUACUGCCAACAGAUGGACAUCCACGACGAAAGUAGUACCAUCCGAGAGGCAUUCGAAUUUUCCGCCUUGCUUCGGCAAGAUAAGGACACCCCGAGAGAUGAGAAACUAGCCUAUGUGGAAACGGUCUUGCAGACACUUGACCUAGUGGAAUUGCAGAACGCGGUUAUUGGAUCCCUGGAUAUUGAGAAGAAGAAGCGUGUCACAAUUGGAGUUGAACUGUGUGCACGACCACGGUUGCUUUUGUUCCUUGACGAGCCUACCAGUGGACUAGACAGCCAGGGUGCAACAAGCAUCGUGGCACUCCUCCGUCGUCUGUCGGAUCAAGGGCUCGCUGUCCUCUGCACAAUUCACCAAGCGAAUCAACAACAAUUCGAAGAGUUCGACCGCGUUCUCGCACUGAGCCCAGGCGGAAGCACAUAUUACUUCGGCCCCGUUGGAGAAUCUGGCAAAGCAAUUUUCGAAUACUUCACCAAGCAUGGACACAAUCCCGAGAAAGUCACUAAUGCUGCUGACUUCCUUAUCGAGGUUGUGGUGGGUGGUAUGAAGUCUUCAGGAAAUCAAGUCAACUGGGCAUCCAUUUGGCGCGAAUCUGAAGACGCGAAGACUGUCAAGAAGGAAAUUUCCGAUAUUCGUGCCCACGAGAAUGUCCACCAAAAGACUACGGCCCCAUCCCUUCCUUCGCUCUACGAACAAAUCGUCCUCCUCACUCAACGAACUAGCCGGCAAUUCUACAGAACAGCAGAGUAUCCGUACUCGCGUCUGUAUGCUUCGUUUCUUCACGCACUCAUCAACGGUCUCACGUACCUCCAAAUUGGAGACAGCACGACCGAUCUCCAGUCCAAGGCCUUUUCUGCAUUUUUGGUUCUCAUGCUUGUUCCCGAAUUCAUCAACGCCAUCUCCAUGCGCUUCAUUCUAAACCGUGACAUCUGGUUGGCAAGAGAGGGUCCGAGUGGGGUCUACAACUGGAUCGCGUUCAGCACUGCGCAGAUCAUUUCUGAGAUUCCAUACGCCAUUGUUGGUGGAACAAUCUUCUAUGUGCUCUACUACUUCAUGGUCGGGUUGCCUCUUGGCUUCGCUGCGGGAUACAGCUUUCUGAUGUUUUUCCUAUUUUUCCUAUUCGCUACAUCAUGGGGACAAUGGAUCGCUGCUCUGAGCUCCGACUCCAUGGUUGCCGCAACUCUCAUGCCAUUCUUUAUCAUCAUGUGCGAGCUGUUCAACGGCAUCCUCCGCCACCAUGAACAAAUGCCCGCUUUCUGGAAGUACACGAUGUACUACAUAACGCCCUUCACCUACUGGAUUGGCGGUGUUCUAACAGCUGUCCUCCGCGGAACGGAUGUCAUCUGUUCGCCGAGUGAAUUGACUCUCUUCGAGAGUCCGCCCAACAUGACCUGCGGCGAGUACGCUGGUCCCUGGCUUGCGAGCAAGGGCGUUGGAUACCUCUCAAAUGAGGAUAGCAGUGGUAUCUGCGGCUACUGCCAAUAUAGCCGUGGUGAUGAUUACCUUGAGAGCAUCGGCUUGGACGAAUCGAAGAUGUGGCCCUACUUCGGUAUCUUUUUGGCAUUUACGAUCACGAACUAUCUGAUGGUUUACCUCCUUGUUUAUGUUCGUUCUGUUAUGAAGCCUCUCUGGAGGAAGUGA